AUGGAGGACAAAAAUAUUUUUCUGCAGAUGCAAAUAGUGGAUGAGAAGCGCAAUAAGUUGAUACAGCUAAUGAAACGCAAGGAGGACGAGUACGAUGACAGGAGGAGAGAGAUGGCUGCAGUUCAUAGCCAGUCCGAGGAAACCUUAUUGCGAGCGAUCAAGGCACAUUCACAGCUGAAGGAGCACAUUCGCCAAUAUCAAGUGGGUGCGGACCAUUCACGCCUGGCAAGGAAUGAGCUCAAGUCCCUGGGGAAGCUACUCUCAUGCCAGAUCUCAAACAUGCUAGAAAAGCGCGUGUCAGACGAGGACAUGGAGCAGGCAGGCCUUCCUCACACUCUCAACAAAGCUCUGGGCGAGUGGUUAGAGGCAACAUGUGGGGAUUCAGUUCUUAUUGAACAAGGGGCUGAGGCUGAGGCUGCAGAAGGGUCUGAGGCUGCAGGAGGGUCUGAGGCUGCAGAAGGGUCUGAGGCUGCAGAGGGUGCUGAAACUGUACAGGGGAGUGAGGCUGCGGCGGGGAGUGAGGCUGCUGAGGGGAGUGAGGCUGCAGAGGGUGCUGAAACUGUACAGGGGAGUGAGGCUGCUGAGGGGAGUGAGGCUGCGGCGGGGAGUGAGGCUGCUGAGGGUGCUGAAACUGUACAGGGGAGUGAGGCUGCUGAGGGGAGUGAGGCUGCAGAGGGGAGUGAGGCUGCGGCGGGGAGUGAGGCUGCGGCGGGGAGUGAGGCUGCGGCGGGGAGUGAGGCUGCGGCGGGGAGUGAGGCUGCGGCGGGGAGUGAGGCUGCGGCGGGGAGUGAGGCUGCGGCGCAAUGCCAGGCGUUCUUUGAAGCAACAGAAGUGACACCAGAGAGGGAUGCUGUGAAGCAGGAGCACAAGGCCCUGAUAAGGCGCCGGCAGGCAGAGUUCACAGCAGGCCUUGAUGCAACCAGGAGGGGGGUCAAAGAAAUCUACAAGAUCGUGGCGCCAGGUGGCGAUGCUGACCUGGCACCCGUCGACUCGCUUGACCCGUUCAGCCAGGGAAUUUGUUUCUCUGUGCGCCCACCACAGCAGCAAUGCUGGAGGAACGUUGCCGACCUCAAAGGGGGAGAGCAGGUGAGAGCCGCCUUUGGCCCAUGUCUCUGCCAGACCAUCUCUUUCCACCCACAGUGGAGUGUGAAUGUCACUGCUGCUCCUGCGCCUGUUAGUGGCUCUGUGCUGCGCUGGUCAUCCUACGAGGGCGAACUAUAA